UUAAUCUCUGAGAAAGAGAAACUUGUUUUUUCUCACGUCACCAAGCUCUAGUACAGUCCUGAGUAUAGGGAUGGAACCGGAGGAGAAGAUACACGUCCUAACCCAGGACCUUUGCAAGGAUCUAACUAGUACCUUGAGCCGGGCAAGGAGUGGAUGUGAAGCCAACCCGUCCGAGUGGGUUGAGAAAAGAAUAUCUGGAGAACUUGGUCCCAGUAUAGGACGGUAUGCAAGAUAUUUCUCCGAGCUGGGGAUUUCGUCCCAUGGAGAACUAACUGAACUAUUUAAGACACACUACAAAUCAAGAAACGUCCGUGAAGUAUAUGAGGAUCUCCAGGAGGUUGAGGAAGAAUGGAAUCAGUUUAUGGUUCAUGUUGACACCAAGCUGACCUCGGCAAAGUCUCAUGUUUUACAAGAAGGUCAACAUGUACCACACUCACUUCAGAUUCAAACCAUCAGGAGUGAGGAGCUAGCGCUGAAAGAUUUGUAUGGAGAAAAAGAAUAUCUUCAUCUAAUCCUUCUGCGCCAUUUUGCUUGAUUACCAUGACGCGACCACGUGGCCAGAGUAGAGGAAAGGAUUGAAACCUUCUCUUCUGCUGGCUGUAAGGUCGUCGUUCUCUCAUUUGGGGAGAUUCAGGGUGCAGAGGCAUGGUUGAAGGAUACAAACACAUCUCUGGAUCUAUUCCUAGAUCCAGACAGAACAUUAUACUCACUUUUAGGUCUAGGAAGAAGCGUAGCCAAG